UUGACGCAUGACGUAUUCCCAAGAAGUGAAGUGUCAAAAAGUUAAAAAUAACAAAUUAUUUAUAUAAAAAAGGAAAUUUCCAAAAAGAUGGCGAAAAAGACCUACGAUUUGCUCUUCAAAUUACUGUUGAUCGGCGAUUCCGGCGUUGGAAAAACUUGCAUCUUAUUCAGGUUCAGCGAUGAUGCAUUCACUACCACCUUUAUUUCCACUAUUGGAAUAGAUUUCAAAAUCAAAACAAUAGAAUUGAGAGGCAAAAAGAUCAAACUCCAAAUAUGGGACACAGCCGGACAAGAAAGAUUCCACACAAUCACAACUUCUUAUUAUCGUGGGGCGAUGGGCAUAAUGUUGGUCUACGAUAUAAACAAUGAGAAAAGUUUCGAGAAUAUAGUGAAGUGGCUCCGAAAUAUAGACGAGCAUGCGAAUGAAGAUGUUGAAAAAAUGAUAUUAGGCAACAAAUGCGAUAUGGACGACAAACGGACAGUCAGUAAAGAAAGAGGAGAAACAAUAGCUAGGGAGCACAGCAUUAGAUUUAUGGAAACUUCUGCUAAAGCCAACAUUAACAUUGAGAGAGCCUUCAGGGAGCUGGCUGAAGCCAUUCUAGACAAAACUGCUGGCAGAGAACCAGGAGGGGAUGGCAAUAUGGAUAGGGUGUUGGUGGACAAGAAACCAAUGACAAACACAACAAAGUCGUGCUGUAAUAAUUAGAUUGUUAAGUUAUUUUUUUUUUUGUUUCAAUUAUUAUUAUUAUUGAUAUAUUGUAAGAAGUAAUUGCUUGAAUUCCAAAGAAUUCCAUUUCAUAGUUGGGCUGACUUUAUUGAAAUUUGAUGUGACAGAAUGCAAGUCAAAAAUUAGUUACGCUUAAAACAAUCUGUUCAAAUUAUGUUUUUUUGUCAAUAUAUUUCUGUGAAUUGUAACCUAUUGCUUUGCCCGUGACCAGUGGCUUUAUUGUCGAAAGUUUUGUUAGUUAAUUUCUGUAUAUUAUUUUGACUAUUAAAGUUUUUUCUAAGUCAGUUUAACUUGUUGCUACAACCUCAAACGCCCAAACCUAACUUGUGCGCGUUCACAU